AUACACAAUGUGGGGCCUGGCAGUGCUAACGAACCUGUGUGCAUCAGUUGGGUCAUUCUCCUAGCCUUCAACCGAAGUGAGAAAAAACUGGGCUACGAUGGGUCACUCUACAGAGAAAUCUAAAGGGACAGUCUGCGUCACAGGAGCAACGGGGUUUGUGGCCUCCUGGCUCAUCAAGUGUCUGCUUCAGGAUGGAUAUCGUGUUCGUGGAGCUGUGAGAGAUCCUGAGAAUUAUGAGAAGGCAGCUCAUCUAUGGGCACUGUCGGGGGCGAAGGAGAGGCUGCAGUUGGUGAAAGGGGACUUGCUCGUGGAAGGGAGCUACGAUGCAGCUGUGGCAGGGUGCGAGGGUGUGUUUCACACUGCGGCUGCUCUGGUUCGCAUCAAAUCUGAUCCCAAGGCUGAGAUGCUUGAUCCCACUAUUUUGGGCACAUUAAAUGUACUGCACUCAUGUGCCAAGUCAACCACCUUGAAGCGCGUGGUGCUUACUUCGUCCACUGCUGCUGUUCGAUUCCGUGACGACCUGGAGCAGCCGGGUGCUGUCACUUAUCUGGACGAGUACUCUUGGAGUAGCAUCUUUUUCUGCACCAAGUAUCAGAUUUGGUACUCGUUAGCAAAAAUACUAUCAGAGCAGGAGGCUUGGAAGUUCGCAUUUCUUCACUCCAUCGACUUGGUGGUGGUACUGCCAAGUUUCGUAAUUGGACCCUGUUUACCUUAUCCGCUGUCGAAAACGGCGCAAGAUAUCUGCGACCUGCUCAAUGGAGGCAGGAACUUUGGAAUUCAUGGGCGAAUGGGCUAUGUCCACGUUGAUGAUGUUGCACGAGCCCACAUUUUAGUCUAUGAAACGCCAUCUGCACAAGGACGAUAUAUAUGUUCUGCACAAGAAGCCACCCCGCAGGAAUUGGUUCAGUAUUUGGCUGAUCGUUAUCCACACCUUCAAAUUUCAACCAAAUUCAAUGAUGAACUCCCCAAAAUGCCCUAUUACAAGCUAAACACCACUAAACUGCAACGCCUUGGUCUAAACUGCAAGCCUUUGGACGUCAUGUUUGACGACUGCAUUUCAUUCUUGGAGGAAAAGGGUCUCCUCAAGAGAAAACCAGAGAAAACGCCGACAUCGUCAUCUACACCUGAUGAGCAUUCGAAGGAUAGUGUGCUUCAGAAUGUUUGACUGGCUAUUUAAGAUUCUGAAUUGGAAAACCACUGUUCAGCUGGUUUUUGACGUAGUCGCAGUCCCAAGGGACGACCGUGGAAGAUUAUUCACAGGGCUCAGAAUAGCUCCAAGAAGGUUAUACCACCUUACUAUCCAUUUUGUGCAAAGAUACUGUGCAAAAACAUAACGAGGUCGAAAAUGUAAGAUCGAAGGAAAUCUAAGAGUGUUUGCACGAAAGCACUGCUGACCAAGUGGUUUAGGAUUAUGAACAGCAUUAAUAAACUUUAACUUUUGGAUCCUUCUCAAGUUA